AUGUACGGGACACCAACUUCAAGUAGCCAAUGUGGCAAAUCAAGGACCAUCAUGCAGCACGUGGCAACAAGCGGCAACCAGGUACCUGCCAUCAACGUUGUACACAUGUUGUUAUGGUGGAACCACAUCGACAAACGUAUCGUGGCAAGCUUCACGUUGCAGGCCAUCGCUAUUGCAGAUAGAACACAGCAAAUUGUAAUGACAGACCAGCUUCGAUUAGCACAUGCGGCACAAGAAGGACCUUCAACUACAAUCAACAGCGGCGCGGGGACAUCUACUGCGGGAACCUCCGAGCACACGGAAGGAGCGUUCCACCAGCAAGUCAACAAUGCUGCCACAAACAAUGCAGAACCAGUGUCGGAACUGGCAAUCAUUCCAGCAAUGAUGACAAGCACACCUUUGCACACCAGCACAAGCAACACUCAAGCAGAUGAAACAACCGCCGAUACUGAAAGAUUUGGUUCGUUUGAAGAUGCCAAGGAAUUCUACCAGAUAUAUGCAAUGUUCCAUGGGUUUGCGGUGAACACCGAAUACCAUAGGAAAAUUAAAAAAACUAACGAGUACAGCAGAGGUGAGAUAAGGUGCUACAAUGCACGAAGGAACAAGAAGGGUAAAGGUGUUGCGCCUGUCGUGCCAGAACGAAAGAGAGGUAUCAUUGUCAAGACGAAAUGCCCUGUCCGGUGUAAGCUAAACGCAGAUGGAGCAUGGUGGGUGGUCACCGAAUAUUUCGACGAACACAACCACGAACUCAUAAAGAAGUUUGACCUGGUAAAAUUUCUGAGCGCCCAUAGAGGAUUCAGCCCCAUCGAGAAGAAAUUCGUAAAAUUGCUACAUGAUUGUAACGUCGGUCCAUCAAGAAUGGUCCAAAUACUGUCCCUAAUCCACAGCGGAGAUGGUAGAUUGAGUAGCAUGCCCUGCAUACCAGCAGACGUCAUAAACCUAAAGGCAAAGUGUCGUAGAGAGAGCAGGUUGGCUGACAUAGAAGACACAAUAGCCUACUUCAAAGACAAAGCAAAAGUAGAUACUGAUUUCUUCCACAGGAUAAGAUUGGACGAUGAGGACCGUGUCAGAAAUAUGUAUUGGGUGGAUGGUGCUGCAAGAAGAGCCUACAAACAUUUCCGUGAUUGCAUUUCAUUCGAUGUGACAUAUCUCACUAAUAUGUACAAGAUGCCCUGCGCUCCAUUCAUAGGACUAAAUAACCACAAUCAGUCAUUGCAGUUCUGUUGCGGACUUGUUCGGAACAAAGAUACGGAUGGUUACACUUGGCUGUUCAAAACCUUCUUGGAGUGCAUGGGUGGACUUUCUUCGAUGAACAUAAUAACAGACCAGGAUUUUAGCAUGCGUGCAGGCAUAGAGGAGCUCUUUCCGUUAGCAGUGCACAGGCACUGCAGGUGGCAUAUUAUUAAGAAGGCCGAGGAGACGCUAGGACCAUUCUUUGCUGACCGUCCAGAGCUACACAAGGCAUUCGAGUUGUGCGUGGACCACAGCUUGACGGUGGAGGAGUUUGAACGGAGCUAG